GAACUGAAAGCAGUGAGCGUGAACUGGGAAACAAACGAGAUAAGGGUCAGUUUGGUCUUUGGAGUUAUUGGUUGGACACAACACAGGGACAAGGUUUCAAGUUCCACGCACAAACAUCUUCCAUUCUAUCACUGUUCCUAUGAUUCCUUCUUCAUUGCACUCUUCAAUCAUUCUCCUUCUCAAUGCAAAUCAACUCUCUAUCACUCCCCUCAUGCCGUAUCACCACUCUGCUAAAGGACUCUGCCACCCCACCUCCACAUCAACCAAACAAGGUGGUCUGGCAGGGGAAUGAAAAGUGUGUAGAUUGCUCUUCAUUGAUUGGAAACUAUAGCAAGAAAAGAAUGUUUCAUCAAUCCGAUGGUGUUUUUCAGGAUAUGAAAGUGGAUGGUUACAUGCCCAAACAAUCUACUUUGUGUGUGUUGAUGCUAUAUUAUACAGAGAAUGGUCUCUUUCCUCAAGCACAGACUAUAUGGGAGCAGCUCCUCAAUAGUUCUUUUGUGCCUCCAGUUAGAUUCAUUUCAAAAUUAUUUGAUGCUUAUGGAAAACAUAGGAGAUUUGAUGAAGUGAUCAAUGUUCUACAUGAUAUGGAUAUGAGGAAUUUGAGUAUAUUACCUGAUGUGUACUCAUUGGCUAUCUCUUGUUUUGGAAGAGAAGGACAGCUUGAAUUGAUGGAAGAAACGGCAAAGGAGAUGGUUGCUAGAGGUUUGAAAAUGUGUUCUAGAACUGCUAAUGCUUUCCUUUUGUAUUAUAGUAUUUUUGGUUCUUUGAAAGAGAUGGAGAAUGCAUAUGGCCGCCUUAAGAAAUCUAGAUUUCUGAUAAUGGAGGAAGUGAUUCGAGCCAUGGCCUCUGCAUAUAUAAAGGAGAGAAAAUUCUAUGAGUUGGGUGAGUUCCUAAGAGAUGUGGGUCUAGGUAGGAAAAAUGUUGGAAACCUUUUAUGGAAUCUUAUGCUACUUUCUUAUGCUGCCAAUUUCAAAAUGAAAAGCAUGCAGAAAGAAUUUAUUACAAUGGUGGAAUCUGGGUUCCGUCCUGAUCUUACAACCUUUAAUAUCCGUGCUCUUGCCUUUUCUAGGAUGUCUCUAUUCUGGGACCUCCACCUUAGCAUUGAACAUAUGAAGCAUGAAAGGGUCAUUCCUGAUCUAGUGACUUUUGGGUGUGUUGUUGAUGCAUACUUGGAUAGAAGGCUUGGAAGAAACUUGGAUUUUGCUCUAAACAAAAUGAACUUGGAUGAUUCUCCAGAAUUGUUAACAGAUCCUUUUGUGUAUGAGGCCUUAGGUAAAGGGGACUUCCACAUGAGUUCAGAAGCAUUUUUUGAGUUCAAAACACAAAGGCAAUGGACUUACCGGGUUUUGAUACAAAAAUAUCUCAAGAAACAUUAUCGAAGGAACCAAAUAUUUUGGAACUAUUAACUGAUUGCCAGAUGUUUGGUCCUUUCAAUUUCUAGUCAGGAUUUGAAUUCUACAUGUAGACCUUGGUUCCACACUGAACAAACAUUUACAUAUGGUGGACACACUUGAGGGUUAAGUGUCAGGGUGGAAACAUCCUAAACAUUUUGUUAAAUAUAUUUGAAGUUGAAUAGAACAUCAGAUGUCUAUCUCAAGGAAAGUUUGGAGGAACUGAAAAUUGGUAAGAAACUUUAAUUGUUUAACGGUUUGUACAUUUUUAAUGUGAGGAACUCCUAGCAAUAGAAGCUUGAUAAGUUUACCCAGGAAUUUGUUCAGGCAUGCAUAUUUUCUUUCUUAAUGGUUUCUGUAUUUCACAUCUUAUUAUUGUUUGAUAUAAAAUCUGAUAGUUUCAUGAGGGUGGCCUAUAAUUUUGUUUUGGUCACUUUGAAUGUUAAACAGUUCAAAUAAAUUAAUUGGGGGAUAUAACCAGCAUACAUUAUGACAAUCUGUAUUUUACGAGUAUUGUUUUAUAAGUUUUGCAUUUAUAUUUUUGAAGAUCAACCAUGAAAUUCGAAAUGGAAGGUUGAGAAAAUUAUGGUGGUAUACUUGCUGUUUAUGUAUCUUUGCUGUCACUUAUUAUCUGUCCAAACUACCACACAUUUCAAGGCUUGUGGUUUUUAAUAGUCUGCAUUUUCUGUUUUGGCUCAUAAGGUAAAUUCUCAUUUUGUAUGCCGUUAUUAAUGAAAACUCAUACAUAAAUAUGCUGUCUGCAUUUUGUUCUUGAUUCCCUCAUUUUGAAAGGACCAUAUUUUUAAGUGAUCAAUCUUUACAAUCGUUCAUCGAUUGAACCGUACAAAAGCCUGUGUGAUUUGGCUAGUUGCUACUUAUCAAUUUAAGUGGUUUGACCAGAUUGACUGAUAGUUCAGUUUAUGGGUAAAUUCGUACAGUUUUUAUAGCAUUGAUUUUAAAUUUCUCAUGUCCUUAACAAAACUUCUAAUUUUAAUGGAACAGGUAUAGGUGAUUAGAUGUGAUACAUGGCCAAAAACACACAGAAUGGAGACCUAAGAGUGCAUUUGAUCUUUUGUAUUUUAGAGUAUCUUAAGAUGGUGUU